GAUGCUCUCGACAUGUGCUCCGAGGAGAAGGAUGUGUGGUUGUCGUGUCGGCUCAAAUUUUGUCGUUUUACUAUCUUUUCUAACCUUYUUACGUCAAACCGUUGGUGUGCCAAGUAUAAGUAAAGGAAGUUGCUUGUCUUCAUUGGGUGUUGAAAAUGAAAAGAAUACAGACAUCCACCUCUCUGCAUCAUCCAUCUCUGUCUUACCCAUUAACCAUGUGAAGUAUAAAAGUAUGAAAGCWGAGUAUGGCCGGUUGAAUAACACGUUUGCUUGGUGUACAGACCAGACRCAUGGGAGUUGGCUUAUGGUUGAAUUUGGUCAUGUUAUAACUGUAACCGGACUGGCAACACAAGGCUUUAGCAAUAUAUAUAACGAUUAUUAUGUUGAAAAAUAUCGAGUGCAAUAUAGCCUGAAUGACUCRGAUUGGAAAUACAUAGCAAAGAAUGGUACAGUCAAGACAUUUACUGGAAAUUCUAAUGGGUUYGAUGCUGUCAGGAAUGAUUUUGACACAGUACAAGCAAAGUGCAUAAGAUUUGUUCCUGUGCUGUAUAAUUAUCGAGUAUGCAUGAGAGUUGAGCUUUAUGGGUGUGUUAAUGGUACAGUAUUAACAACAACCUCUCAGCCUCCUACAACUGCACAAUUAAAUCACACAAUUAAAUCAUCAUCGCAAACCACUGMAGUARCAAGCACUGAAUUUAUUGAGAGUAGCACUGAUCCAAUGCCACAAAAUGGUUCCAGUAACUCUAGCAAAAUGCACAAWAGAAGUUCAAGCARAAAAUCAAUCAAAAGCCAUAAGGAUUCAUCAAGAUUGAAUUAUGGUCUUCUUGGAGUCAUUAUCUUUGCGGCGCUGGCUGCGUURAUUAUUAUUUCAGUCCUUACAUUUCUUAUUUUGAGGAGAAAAAAAAGAAAAAAAAGUCAACAAUGCCAACAGUAUUGCCUACAUGAUGCAGAUUUUCUUCAGAAUGAUGACAAGAUACCAUGUAUACAAAGUAUUGAAAGUUGUGAAAAUGGUAAUAUUAUGGUAUUAUAAUAACUCCUAUAGGUGAGUUAUUUGGUUUACAUUAUUGUGUUGGCAGUCAGGAUACCCAGGUUGUUGAUCUCUCCAACUUACCCAGACUUCAACAAAACUUAAGAAGAAAAAGUGUCUGAUCCUAGUUGGAGUUACAUGUUGGUCACAGAUAAAAGAGCAAAAACUAUGUACUUAUUGACUGAGUUUGAGGGCCGUACGGGAAAAUAUUUGGCUCGAGGUUAUGCCGAAAAAAUGACCGAGAGCCAAAUAUUUUCGCGCACGGCCCAACCCAACUCAGUCAAUAAGCAUUUUAUCAUAUGACAGCGUUUUUUAAUGUAAAAUUAAAAAAAUAAAAGCACGCAGGACUUCAAUCCGGGAGGAUAUGGGUUUGUACGGCCCUGUCACAAAAAGGCGUACGGCCCCCAUCACAUGACCAUUUCCCAAAGGUUUUUUAAGAGCGUGCGUAGGGCCAAAAUACGGGUCAUAUGAUAAAAGAUGAUUUUGUAUUAAUGCAGCUCUCUCGACUAGAAAGAGAGGAAAGUUCAGCCAGCUAWAAUAAGGAGAGAACUAGCAUCUAUUAUAAAAAAAUUCAAAAUAUAUUUCAAACUUAGAUUAUUUCUAUCAAUGGCGGACAAAUAAUUUUUAAUGUAGAUAAUAUUACUGUUUCAGAGUAGACAUAUAUUUGUCACAAUUUCAAGCAUUAGGCACGGUGAUUUAUGAAGAUAUUACUGGCUCAGGGAGAACAUAUUAUUUUUUAUAGCCCCAUUUAAAGAUAACCAUCUAAUAUAGUGCUUUUUUUAUUAAAAUGAAAAUAUUACUGCCUCAGGGAAGGUAUAUAUUUUUUAGAACUCCAUUAAAGAUAACCAUUUUAUAUAAAGUAAUUUAUGAAAAUAUUACUGCCUCAGGGAAGGCAUAUAUAGAUAGAUAUACUUUAAUACAUAUCACUACACUGUGUCCAGUAUAGGGUUGAUAGGAUUGUAUAUAGUACUGCAUCAGUGAAGGCAUAUUAUUAAUGAACAUAUAGUACUGUCUUGUCUUAGUACAGCCAUUUAUAGAAAUAUUACUUCCUCAAUAGAGAGCUUAAGCAUGACGUCCACKGCAAAYGGCAGAAAAGAUCAUGUGACCUGCUUUUKGAGGGUUUAMCAUUACAGUUUCGACSCAAGAGUGGGUUAUUUUGGGGUUGCCAUAGUUGUGAAAARKCACUCWUUCAAAUGACUACCAAAAGCACAAGGUCAGGCACRAAAUUCUUGGGUCAUUGAUUCGGCUCUGCCGUUAGCUGUUUGCUAUAAAUGUGUAUUCAUAAUAGAACUGCRCCAAUGUGAGAUACCUUCAGUAUUAGUGUAUCUUCAUAUCAAUAAGGAACUAUAUAUGUGUGUAUCUUCAGCCAGGAAUAAUKGUCGGUAAAAAAGAAAUUUCUUAUCAAAAUGAAUUAGUAGUUUUGGCUGUUUUUGCAUGUAAAGUAAUGCACUAGGGU